AUGGACCAUCCGCCUGCGACGAUCCCGGAAGAUAUACAGCGCCGCCAAAUCGUAAAAGCUCCACCCUCGAUCUACUACAUCCCCGAUUUUAUUUCGGAACCCGAAGAGGAGAUCCUUUUAAGCGAGGUAUACAACGCGCCGAAGCCCAAAUGGGAAGUACUGUCGAAUCGGCGGCUCCAAAACUAUGGCGGACUGGUGGGGAAGAAGGCGUUAAUCGCCAAUGACGACUUCACUCCGGCUCUACGGCAAGCGAUGCAGCUUAUCGAUGGACUUGAGGUGUUUCCCGCUCCGACGAAUCAUAUUUUGGUGAAUGAAUACGAAGCUGGUCAAGGCAUCAUGCCACACACAGAUGGGCCGGCCUUCUACCCCCUUGUCUCAACGAUCAACCUCGGCAGCCAUACGCUGCUUGACAUCUAUGACCAAGUCGACCCACAGAAUCUUACCGCUUUGGAAACGCGAUACCGGGGCUCGAUCUUUUUGCAGCGGCGCAGUUUGGUGCUAAUAACGGACGACGCGUAUCGCAAUAUGAUGCAUGGAAUCCGGGAAGUGAAAGAAGACGUCAUCGAUGGGAAAGUAUGGAAUGCACCGGAAGAAUUAUUGGGCCAGACAUUGACGCGGGAUACGAGAGUUUCGUUGACGAUCCGCCACGUUCCGAACGUGGCUCGACACUCGCUCCAGUCUUUGGUGUUUAAAAAA